AUGGGGGACCAGGUGGACCCUCACAUCGUGGGUGGACGGAGGCUGUUGAGAGCACAGUCAGUUGGACUGGAAAAAACUGAAAAGCAUGGUAGGUCCUCCAAAGACAAGGGAAAUGCCAAGUCUCUGGACAAACCUGAGCAGUUCCUUUAUGAACUCUCAUUAAUCCCCAACUUUUCAGAGCUAGUCUUUUGCAUCCUGUUUCAGUCCACAUUUUCAGAAAGCAUUUGCUCAAUUCGAUGCAAACUGGAGCUGCUACAGAAGUUGUGUGAGACAUUAAAACAUGGCUCAGGGGUUAUGCAGGUUUUGGGUUUGGUUCUUGCCUUUGGCAACUACAUGAAUGGUGGAAAUAAUACUCGGGGACAGGCAGACAGUUUUGGAUUAGAUAUUCUCCCGAAGCUGAAAGAUGUUAAAAGCAGUGACAAUAGCAGAAGCCUGUUGUCAUAUAUCGUGUCAUAUUAUCUUCGCAAUUUUGAUGAGGACGCUGGGAAAGAGCAGUGUGUGUUUCCGCUGCCCGAAUCCCAGGACCUCUUUCAGGCCUCGCAGAUGAAGUUUGAAGAUUUUCAAAAAGACCUCAGAAAACUCAAGAAAGACCUGAGAGCCUGUGAAGUUGAAGCAGGGAAAGUUUACCAAGUGUCCUCAAAAGAGCACAUCCAACCUUUCAAAGAAAACAUGGAACAAUUUAUUAUUCAAACUAAAAUUGACCAAGAAGCAGAGGAGAACUCACUGACAGAGACUCAUAAGUGCUUUUUGGAGACAACAGCCUAUUUCUCCAUGAUACCAAAAAUUGGAGAGAAGGAAGUGUCCCCAAACGUUUUCUUCGGUAUCCGGCAUGAAUUCAGCUCUCACUUUAAAGACUUUUGGAAGAAAGACAACAAACUCAUUCUAUGAGAAAAAGUAAAAGAAGCUGAAGAGGUGUAUAGGCAGAAAAAGGGAAAGUCACUCUAUAAAAUAAAACCAAGACAUGACUCUGGAAUUAAAGCAAAAAUAAGCAUGAAAACCUGA